CAUAACUUAUCAAAUAAUUUCAAUAUACAUGUCUAUAUUCUGAUAAUUAAUAUCUUCACAUGUCCAAAUUUUUGUUUGUGCCAGCGGAAAAUGGCUGAAGAAAAUGAUACCCCCAAACAGACAGACAUUUAUGAUGAGGAAUUUCAUAACAAUUUGAAACUAGCGAAAGCAUUGAUGUCGAAAAUACCAACAGAAGCAGAGAAGAACAUAUGUAGAAAAUGGAUCAUGAAACUGAUGCAGUUGAAAUCUAAGGAACCUGCAGUUAAAAGAAACAGAAACCACUUUUUUAGAUAUCUGUUGAGCGUUAUGAAUAAGGGCACUUGGGGUCUCACUCAUACUGCUGAGCAUCAUGGCUUUCCACAAUUCGAUGCUAAGUUUGCUGAUCAAACUGAGACGGGGGCCAAUCAGUUUCUUUGCAGAUGGUCAGGAGAUCGUAAAACAUAUGUAGCAACAAAACCGAUACCUGGAAAAGGGGCGCUUGUCUACAUGGCUGUCGCGAAAGAACCUAAGCUAGGUUGGGAUAAUCCACAAGAUCGAACAACGUGAAAUUAUUUACUUAUAAAUAUUUCAAGAGGUUUUUACUUAUUGUUUUAAAAUCAAUUCUAUCUUUCCGUUGGUAAGUUUUAUCUCAUCGAAUUUGAACUUGAUGACACCGUCCUAAAGAAUAAACCAUUUCGUUAUACGGA